CCCGGUAUUUAACUUCUGGAGCUGUCCCAAGUGCCGUGGUGGGGAUGGAUACCUUCCGUCCGGAGUAAUCCCGUCACGGGUUUUCUCUUGCAAAACUUAGGAGUACGGGCGUGUGAUGUGGCCUCGUCAUGUUUUAUCGUAACUGUGCUGCCGAGAAAUCGAGGGAAUGCCAACCCAUAACAUCAAAUGUAGUGUCUGUGGUUUUGUUCCAAUGGCGCUUGUUUAUCGGUAUUUCAAAAAUUGUGUUUUCUCCCGUGAUGAAGAGAUUUUCUGAUUAGAAGUCUAAAACGUACUUUUAUUUGUGCGCUUUUUUAUUCAUGUCUUCGUCCACAUUCUGUAACUUCCUUAAGUAUUUCCUAGUUGCAAAGCAGUGACGCCUUUUACCAGAAGAGUUGGCAGCUUCUAGCGGAAGGUUUGAGCUGUCAGUGUGUUUUCCUGAUGGGAAAUGAGACAGAGUUUCUUCUACAGUCCAUUGCUUCAUUUUAUAACGUGGCUUCUCAGAGCUGCUGCUGUCUUUACUAGUAUUACUACCAGGGCAGAACGGCAGUUCUCUAAACUUAAAUUGUCAGACCACUCCCUCUCUUUCCUUAAUAAAUAAAGUAUGAUUUGAUGUUUUAGCAAGUGUUAUUUUCUAAAGAAGGCUGAAGCAGUGAGAACUGCUGAAACAGUCGCCAAGCUGACAUAUAAACACCCCGUUGUACUUGCUGGCUGUCUCUGCAAAGUUCACAAGCACCAACUGUUGUCCGAGGAAGGGUGUGCUGUAAUGUGUAAAAGCAAUCCAGGACCUUUAGCAUUACUUGUAAGUUCUUCAGAUAGCCUGUCACCGUUACAGAUGUCAGAGCAUUUAUGCUGAAUUCGACCCAGUUCCUUUAAUUCCAGCUGUCAUUUGUAUAUACCUGCCAUGUUUCAAAGUGGUUUAGGAAUCCAUCAGAGAGUUACAAAGAAAUGCAGGUAUAAAACAUAGUCAGUCGAUUCUGGCCUUACUUGUAACUAAUUUCAGCAAAUAGUUUACAGAGGCAGUUUCUCUGUAGAUGUCAUUAAAAGCCAUGUCAGUUUUGUUAAAACUCUUUCAUUUGUCUAGAUGCCAAGUGCAGAAGGAUGGGAAUUUCCAUGGAGAUUCCUCUCUUCUGUAUGUGCUGGAUGACAAUUUUUGAUUACAAAAUUGUGCUUCAAAGUGGAGUACAAGAUGAAUGACACUAGGGCAGAGAUUAAUGAUUAACACAUUCGUGAUUCAUCUGUAAACACAUCCAUUGGCUAAAGCUUGUGAAAUGUGGUGUUAAAUGAAAUUGUGAAAGACUGCCAGAGCAAACUGCAAAAUUCAGCGAAUGCUGAAAGUUCUUUAAUAAUUAGCAGUUGUGCAUUCCUUAAUAACUGGAGAGAAAUGCUUUUAGCAACAGUUUGGAAAUCUUUUGGACAGAGAUACAUUUUCUAAAUCUGAUCCAAUCUGUGUUUUGUACACGCAAGCAAUUGGAAACAAAGAAUGGAGAGAGUUUGGAAGAACAGAAGUAAUUGAUAACACUUUAAAUCCAGAUUUUGUAAGAAAAUUUAUAAUGGACUACUUCUUUGAAGAAAGAGAGAAUCUGCGAUUUGAUUUCUAUGAUGUUGACUCAAAGAGUCCUAACCUGUCAAAACACGAUUUUUUGGGACAGAUGUUUUGUACACUGGGAGAAAUAGUGGGAUCACAGGGGAGCAGACUGGAAAAAUCAAUUGUAGGAAUCCCUGGGAAGAAGUGUGGAACGGUCAUAGUAACAGCAGAGGAACUAGGCUGUUGCAGAGAUUCAGUUUUAAUGCAAUUUUGUGCAAACAAGCUAGACAAGAAGGACUUCUUUGGGAAAUCUGAUCCUUUCCUUGUAUUUCAUCGAAGCAAUGAAGAUGGCAGUUUUACAAUCUGCCACAAAACAGAGGUUGUAAAAAAUACAUUAAAUCCGGUGUGGCAGGCAUUCAAGAUUUCUGUCAGAGCACUGUGUAAUGGAGACUAUGACCGGACAAUCAAAGUAGAAGUAUAUGACUGGGAUAGAGAUGGAAGCCACGAUUUCAUUGGAGAAUUCACAACAAGUUACAGAGAGUUGUCGAGAGGGCAGUCUCAGUUCAAUGUUUAUGAGGUAAUAAAUCCAAAGAAAAAAGGAAAAAAGAAAAAGUAUGUUAAUUCUGGAACAGUAACAUUGCUUUCCUUCCUAAUUGAAACAGAAGUUUCAUUCCUUGACUAUAUUAAAGGCGGAACCCAAAUCAAUUUCACAGUUGCUAUUGAUUUCACAGCCUCCAAUGGUAACCCUUCACAGCCAACUUCACUGCACUACAUGAAUCCCUAUCAGCUGAAUGCUUAUGGCAUGGCAUUGAGAGCUGUUGGUGAAAUAAUUCAGGACUAUGAUAGUGAUAAAAUGUUCCCAGCUCUAGGUUUUGGAGCUAGACUGCCUCCAGAUGGAAGAGUAUCACAUGAAUUUGCACUGAAUGGAAACCCUCAAAACCCAUACUGCCAUGGAAUUGAUGGUGUAAUGGAGGCAUAUUACAGGAGUCUAAAAUGUGUACAGCUUUAUGGACCAACAAACUUUGCUCCUGUAAUUAAUCAUGUAGCCAGAUAUGCUGCUUCAGUAAAAGAUGGCUCCCAGUAUUUUGUUCUUCUCAUUAUUACAGAUGGAGUUAUAUCUGAUAUGGCUCAGACAAAAGAAUCCAUAGUGAAUGCUUCAAAGCUUCCAAUGUCCAUAAUUAUAGUGGGGGUAGGACCAGCAGAGUUUGACGCUAUGGAAGAACUGGAUGGGGAUGUAGUGAGGAUUUCCUCAAGAGGAAGGUUUGCAGAAAGAGACAUUGUGCAGUUUGUGCCAUUCCGAGAUUACAUUGACAGAAGUGGAAACCACGUGUUAAGCAUGGCAAGACUUGCUAAGGAUGUAUUGGCUGAAAUCCCAGAACAGUUUCUGUCCUACAUGAGAGUCAGAGGAAUAAAGCCAUCACCUGCACCACCACCCUACACCCCCCCAAUUCACGUGUUGCAGACUCAGAUAUGACUGCUCUGAAGUGUUUAGCAUUUUCACAAAUCUCUGGAUGCAGCAGUAGCUUCUGAUAACUUUUUGGAGCUAGAAAAGUUCUCUUCACAUACCAAAAUUCUCCUAUAGUUGCAUAAGCAACUGUAAAGCUUUUAAAUGCUAGGAGCAAGCUGUUGAUGUUCUGAGACUUUUUUUUUAAUCCAAACACCCUACUUUUUUGAUGUAUUUAUUGGAGGGGGAAAGCACAAGUCAGGUUUUCAACUCAGAAGAUUGGGUCCUCUCUGAAUACUGUGUGUAUAUAAAUGUAUAGGAAUGCUACUACUCUGUAUCAAUGUUUACAUGUUACUAUUUUUAAAUUUCAGUACUUUUAUAACUAUUCUUAAGAAUAAAAGUUUGGAAUAUCGACUCACUUGUCUUCUAGCUUGCAAUAGGUUGUCACAAGAUAACAAGAGAAGCAAUAUCUCUUUGAAUGUUUGUCCAGACUAAUACAAAUGAAAGCUAAGAAAAGGACAAAUAUAUCGAUGUGUUUUAAAGUAACUGAAGUGCUUCAAUCAGUGCUUAGUAAUCCAUUCAUCUCAUGUACUGAAAAUUUCAACUCCUAAAUGUGAAUAGCAUAACUGCAUAUAACUUAAAACUAACUCCAGACUCUGAGGGGGAGGUAUGUGUAUUUUUUCAGAGAUUCUCCAAUUUCGAAGUUUAUCUAAGUUUACAGUUUUUUAAACUAACUGCUGAAACAAAUUAGAAUAGUUACUUGCUAUAAUUAAUUAAAGAAAAUUACCUCAAUCCAGAACUAUCAGUGUAUUAUAGUUGACUCAUUGAGCUCGUUAAAUCAUAUCAUGCAUUCCUUAAAGUACUGGAAAUCUUGCAUCAGAAAUGUCUUUUGAAGUGAUUACAGCAAAUGUUUUAUAGUGGACAAUUUUAAACUUAAAAAAUUUAAGAUUUUAACUUUUUUUUUUGUCUAGAUUGCCCAUUCAAAGGGAUGCUGACUCUUAAUAUUUGGGUUUAAUGUUGUCAUUUAAUCACAUUUCCAUUCAGAGUGCAUGAAUAAUAAAGUUAAUUAACUGGUUUAAAAAUUGCACAACUAUGUUGCUUUGUGCACAAUUUUGUGUACGGAAGUACCCCAAAAAAUUUAUUAUAUGCCUGUUCGUAUAUAAUUAUAAAAUGGUUUUGCAUGUAUAUUUUGUACAAAAUACACAGUUUUGUGAGUUUGUGUCAGAUAUAUUUUAUUUAGAACUAAUGGCCUUAAAUUUCACAAAACUCCUGAAAUGAUUGUGAAUUGCCUUCAAAUACUAUUUAAACUGAACAUUUUAAAUUUUUUUGUGUCAGUUUUAAUUGUCUUGUAUAUGUAACUUUUUUCUUUGCAUAUAACCUGUUUCCUAAUUCUGUUUCUUACUACUGUAUGUUGUAAUGUACAGUAUAAAACUGAGGUGCAUUUUUUAAGCAUGAGAAGUUUUUUGCCAGAGAGCAUAUCUUCAAUAUUAAUGGCAUAUAACUAUGUAAAUGCAGAAUCUUCCAUUUUUAAAUACAUUUAAAUUCCUUUAACUAUUUCAUGUGGGUAAUUAACGUUUUCCAAAUAAUUAUUCUGUUAACAAAAACAAACAAAAAACAAAAAACAAACUUUUUUUUU